GUGUGUGUGGGGGUUUGGGUGGGAGCAGGGAGGCCAGUUGGAAGGGUAGGGGAGGCUGGAGGAGAGACAGUGGCUCAGGACCAGUGAGCUGGGUUUGGAUGCUGGGCAACAGGGCUUGCAGGUGGAUGGGGAGAAUGAAGGUUUCAACAUGAGGUGAGCCCCAGGGGCAGUGGUGUCUUCUACUGCAGGGGCAGCAGACCAGGCGGGGAGCAGCCUGGGGAGGAAUCCAGCUCUGUUUUGGACACAUUCCCUCAGAGAGUUUGCUCCCAUUCUUUGGCUUCCAAUAGCUGCAAAUUAUGAAAGGUGGACAUCCCUAUGAUUAUGGAGCUGCCAGGCACCCAGACGCCGCCCACCCUGGCUUUGGGGGCCAGGAGAUAGCCAUGAUGCUCAACUGGAAGCUACUGGGGGUCCUGCUCCUUUGCCUGUGUGCGAGAGGCAUCUCAGGCAGUGGAGGCCACCCGUCUCCCCCACCCACAGAGGCCCGAGAGGAAGAGGGCUCCCCCACAUUUCCUCAGGGUCCUCCAGUUCCUGGGGACCCCUGGCCAGGGGCACCCCCUCUCUUUAAGGACUCUCCACCUCCAGGCCCCGAUCAUCCCUGGAGAGACCUGCCUGAAUCGGGAGUCUGGCCCCCUGAGCCCCCUAGAAUUGAUCCUCCUCGACCUCCCCGGCCCGAUGACCCCUGGCCAGUAGGACCCCAGCCCCCAGAAAACCCCUGGCCCCCUGCCCCUGAGGUGGACCACGGAUCUCCAGAGGAGCCAGACCUUGACCCACCCAGGGAAGAGCACAGAUAACAGGAAGUCCAGAGCCACCCUGCUCCCAGGCGUCUCCAGGCGGAGUGCACCCACACCCGACUCCACCCUCUGAUUCCCCUUAAAUCUUCCCAGUUUAGCCUACCUCUGUAAGUCCCUUCUUCAUUCCCUCAACUCUAUUCUGAACUCAGAGAGUGUUGUCAGAAUUUUCUGUCUCCUCCCGAGAUCUGUGUUUGGCCCCCACAUUUCCCCUCUCUUUUUCUCUGACAGCCUAAGUACACUCCUACCUCGUGUCCGUCCUCCCCUGCCCGCUUCCCAUCUCCUCUGCCCCACCCGGGACGCCGGGGCAGGGCUGCCAGCCUUGUGUCCCCCGGUGCCACCUGGCGGCCUGCAGCUGGGAACUAACAGCAGACAAUGAUGGUGCUUCCAAGAAACGGAAAAUAAAAACCGUGUUUACUUAA